AGAAGUCUUAGAUGUAAUAUUAAGUAUAAUGGAAAAUCGAGUUGUUAAAGAUCAGUUAUUUUUAUUAAUGUAUGAGCCUGGAUGUUCAGAAUUGCUUUAUUGCCUUAUUAUAAAUCCAGAAUUUUCUGAAAAUUUAAAAUUAAAAGUUUUAAAGGUAAUAGCAGGUUUACUUAAGACAGAUAAAGUAUAUGAAAAAUCAAAAUCUCGCUUAAGAUUACAUGAUAUUGGAUUUGGAAGUUUAACAAGUCUUCUUACAACAUCUAAUGUUACAUCAAAUAUGAUAAAUGUAUUAAUGGACCAAAUUCUUAUGACAGAAACUUUACCAGCCUAUCAAGGUGCUGUGUUACUCUUGCAAUUUAUUAGAAAUAUGAAUAUUGACAUUAAGCUUGAAUCAAUACAAAAGCUUAAACAAUCGCUAAAUCGUAGCACAUCCAAUUGUGUAACCAUAAGCAAGCUUACUGGUUGGCAGGAAUGCUUAUUAGGAUUACUUAUAAAAUAUCCUGUAUCAGAUAGGAAAGAAUCUUUUUCAAAUAUACCUACUAAUUUAAUUGAUUUCUCUUCUGAUAUCUCAUCAGAUAUGUCACCUGAGUUUAAAAAUGUUUCAAAAGCAGAAAAUAGAAAUGAAUCUCCACGUACGGGAAGUGUGAGAAGGUUAUCAAGACGUGCUUCUUGGUCUCAGCAUAGUAUAGAGGAAAGUGUUUCAUUACCUAAAACACCACAAUUACUUAUGCAAUUGAGAGAACAUAUAUUUGAUUUUGAUUUUCCAAAUCUUUUAAACAGGCAAGUCCUAAAAUAAAUUUUUGUUAACUUUUAUAGCUAAAUUAAAU